AUGCUGGUUUCCAUCUCUCAGCCUGGACGCUUCACGCGCGCAAUGCUGAGGCUGGAGGUGCCCAACGGCCAUGAAGAAGCCGGGCGCCUGGCUGCGGCCUCAGAGACGGGCAUCAAUUCGCCGCCUUUGGGGCUGGUUGCCGAGGGCUGGUUUCUCAGCGCCUGCGAAGCAAACCUGUCAGGCGAAGACAUCAACGCCACGGGCUUGGCAGACUUCCUCUACACCUUGGGCCUGGCCAUCGAGGACACAGGCUUGGCCGCGUUCCUGCAGGUCUCUUCGCAGGACCAAGUGACGCUGACCGGCCUCAUGCAGAACUUCUCCUCCGCCUCUGUCGUGGUGCCCAAUGCCACGCUGCUGGAGGUGAUCAACAACCUGACGCAGAACGACACGAGCCUCUCCUUGGGAGAGCUCUUCGAUCAGUUGAGCGGAAUGGGAGAGUCCCUGCAGGCUCAGGAGGGGGUGAACUUUGAGCAAGUGAGCUCCUUGCUGCAGGCGUUGCAGGCGCUGAACGCCUUGGGCCUGGACCAGAGCACCGUGCAGUCGCUGCUGGGGUCCAUGGCUCUGGGGUCCCUGGGCCUGGGGCCCUUUGCAGCGCUGAGCGGCUUGAGUCUGCCCACCAACUUCCUCUCCGAUCCCAGCCAAAUUUUGCAGGCCGGUUUUUCCGGCCAGGUGUAG